AGAAGAAAGAUAAAUUGAAGUGUACCCACUCCACUCCUUUCUUGAAGACAUAACUAGCAGGGAAAGUGGGAAGUGAUGAAUUCCAAGACCACAAUGGCUAAAACCUUCCAAAAACUCACUUCUUCCCUCUUCAUCCUCCUCUUUCUCCUCUGUGCUUCAAAUCUUUUCCCAGUAAACUCCCAAGAAUUCGCAAGAAAACUCUCAAAGAAAGCUAUGGGACUGAAAACAGAGAAGCUAAGCCACCUCCGCUUCUUCUUCCACGACAUAGUCAGCGGCAAGAACCCCACCGCCGUGAAGAUAGCCCAGGCCGCCGCCACCAACAAGUCCGCCACCGGGUUCGGGUUGAUGGCCAUGAUCGACGACCCCUUGACCGCCGGCCCAGACGUCUCCUCCAAGCUGUUCGGAAGGGCACAGGGGGUAUACGCCUCGGCGGCAAUCGACGAGAUAGGGUUGUUGAUGGUUCUCAACUUCGUGUUCGUGGAAGGCAAGUAUAACGGAAGCAGCCUGAGCGUGGUGGGCAGGAACGCGGUGGUUUCCGCCGUGAGAGAGAUGCCGGUGGUGGGCGGGAGUGGGCUGUUCCGAUUUGCUCGCGGCUAUGCUCAGGCGAAGACUCACACAUAUGAUCCCAAAACCGGCGAUGCUGUCGUGGAGUACAAUGUUUAUGUUUUCCAUUACUAGUAGUACGUAAACCUUAAUUAAUCAAUGCAUUGAGCUC